GCUGUGCAUGUCUGAUUUGCUCCCCCUGCAGCUCACAGCAUGAAUAUUAAAGCCACAAGCACACACAACAAGCACACUCUUUCAGGAAAAGCUGCCCCCUUCUCUGUCACGCUCUUGUGUCUCUGCCUUCCAUGCAGAAAGCCCUUGUUUGUAUUUGCAAGUUUUGCCAGAGACAGAAAGCACCCAGCCUGCCGUUAAGACUCGCACGGCUGUCACUCACAGUCCCAGCAAAACUACCUCUGGAUCUCUUUAUCGGUUGUUUUCCUUGUGUUCCUCGCGGGCUCUCUCUGAAAGAAAACACAAGUGAGCUGCCUUCUCCUCGAAGAGGAACACAUCUGUAUGUGACGAGCAUCAAUGGUGUUUCAGAACUCUGGAUCUGGGAUGCUGCAGUCUCUGAAUGGUGUGUCGUCCACGGAGCGUCAUCAUCUUGACCAUGGCAACCACCUCUCUCCUCUCCCGGCAGGAAGGCCCACCCUCAGCAACCCGGCAUCUCGUCACACAGAGACUGGGACACCCGAGGCAGCCCUGGACCUCAGCCUGGAUGACUUCAUCCCUUCCCACCUCCAGAAAAACCCGUCUUUCGUCAACAGCACAAACCGAGUAUCUCCUCAGGCUACAUCUACACCCCAAAUUGUGCGGGUCCCUUUGCAGCGGAGGAAAGUACCUGUGAUCCGUAACUGUGGUUCAAAUACUCUGAAUUUUGAGUUCCACGACACGGCCCCUCGCACUGUGUACAACGGGAUAUCCCAGCCACCAAAAACAACCCAGUGGAACAACUCAGCAAAUAACUGGUACCCAACUUGGCCUGCUAAAGAAAGCAGACCCCUGAAAUCUCAAGCAGCACCUGUUCCUUCCCAGGCUGGUUUAUCCAUUAACCCAGCUGUGAAUGGCACCGCAGAGCCAGGGCCAGGCUGGUCAGCUACUUGGACAAAAGAUGGCAGGAGGAAGGAAAAACGCUGGCUGAAGUAUGAUGGAAUUGGGCCAGUGGAUGAGUCUGGGAUGCCCAUAGCUUCACGAUCGAGUGUGGACAGCCCACGAGACUGGUAUCGUAGCAUGUUCCAGCAGAUCCACAGCAAACUUCCUGAACCAGAACUGGAUUGGGACUUUGCCUACAAGUCCAGAGAUCUUAGGCCUCCAGGAUUCUUAAAGAAGAGCCAGCCUUCGCCCUUGGCAUCAAACAGUCCCUUUUGCCAACAGAAUGGCUUGGACUGGAAAAAUUGGGAAGCACCGGAUUCUGCAAACACAGAGCCUAGGAGCAUUUUCGAUUAUGAACCUGGGAAAUCAUCCAUCCUUGAUGAUCUCCAUUCGCCGGAGAAGCCCGUCAUCGUGUCUCCAGUGCAACGACAGCGGCCCUCCCCACCCAUUGAGGAGUUGCUGGAGAAGGAGCUACAAGAACUCAGUGAAGAGUUGGACAAGGACAUUAAAGCCAUUGAGAGACGGCAACUUGCCCGCAAGGUAAACUCUAUAGCUGCCCUUUGCAGUGUUUAUCACAGUGCAGUAAUUUUGACUUGGGUCAGGUACCUGGUGGAUGUCAAGCAACACAUACGUUGGUUGUGGAAGACUUCAGGGAUGUACAGUUUUGCUCUCUGGAACCUGCUGCCGAAUCACAGCACCCAUCCUUCUACAGGUCAAAGCUUGGCCGUAGCCCAGUGCCACGGACUGGCCAGCCCUAAAAUGGAGAAAGGAAGUCCAGGCAUCAUCAGGAACAACUGGAGCAGCUCUCUGCCCCAGAAUGAUCCUUUGAGACAUGUUGGGCAGAGCCCCUUCCUUGAUUCUACAGAAAUCCUCCUGGAUAGUCCCCCAAAAAAAGAUGAGAAGAAGAUGAAAGCUGCUCGCCUCAAAUUUGACUUCCAGGCAGAAUCUCCAAAAGAGCUGACACUGCAGAAAGGUGACAUUGUUUACAUCCACAAGGAAGUGGACAGAAACUGGCUGGAAGGAGAACAUCACGGCAGGGUGGGCAUUUUCCCUGCCAACUACGUAGAGAUCUUGCCUCCAACCGAGAUCCCCAAACCCAUCAAGUCCCCCAUCAUCCACAUCCUGGAAUAUGGAGAUGCUGUGGCUCAAUACAACUUCAAAGGAGACCUGCCGGUGGAGCUGUCAUUUCGGAAGGGUGAGCGCAUCUGUCUGGUCCGUAGGGUGGAUGGAAACUGGUAUGAAGGACGUAUCUCUGGCACUAGCCGCCAGGGUAUUUUCCCAGCCAACUACGUGCAGGUAGUGAAGGAGCCGAGAGUGAAGAACUCAAAGGAGUUCCCUUCCUCCCCGGGCCUCCGAGCUCGUUCCAGCUUGCCUUCCGAGCCGCGUUCUCCCAGCCUGACCGCCAGGGGGCAGUCCAACACCUCGCCUCCCAGCCUGCCAACCUCAGCGGCUGCAGACCUGCGGUCAUCCUCCUCCAGCCACUCUGGAUUCACUUUCCCCGUCUCUCCCAAGUUACAACAUGCUGAGCCGGGGCCUCGCAGGCCCCAAAGCGUGCCUCGAGAGGCCUCAGGCAGUGCUCAGAAUCCGAACCCGCUCAAAACAUCCCGCAGCAGCCCGCAGCCUGCUUCCUCCUUCCUGAUGCCGGAAUCUCCACAGCCUGCUGACCCAGCCUCGGCUUUGCAGGCACGACUGGUCUUCCCACAGCAGACCUCAGAGUCCGGUGCUUCGCAAGCUUCCCAAUCACGCAGCCCUGGACGCGUCUCCGAAGGUCCCCCAUCCAACAUCCAGUGGACCCCGUACCAAGCUCUCUAUCAAUACAGACCCCAGAACGAGGAUGAACUGGAGCUUCAUGAAGGAGACCGAGUGGAUGUGAUGCAGCAGUGUGAUGAUGGCUGGUUUGUGGGUGUCUCUAGAAGGACGCAAAAAUUUGGCACUUUCCCCGGGAAUUACGUUGCCCCAGUGUGACUGCCUCGCAACCAAACCCUUCCACGUAGGAACUGAACCGAUAUCAGCUGCUCCUUCACCCAGCUUCCUUGGAGAGGUGGCCCACCAUUCUGUAGGCAAGGAGCAGCAAGAGGAGAUGGUGCGAGAACCAGCCUUGACCCAUCGAGUUGGGAGUGGCAAAAUCUUGCCCCUCCAUCACCCGGACAUCUCUGUUUCUUGACCAGUCUCUUCCCCUGGUGUGCCUUGCCUUCUGUUGGGGUGUCUCCAACCAUGUUCCUUUCUUACAGUAAAUGGGAAACACCACAAGUAGAAGCUCUGCCUGAGCAGACCAUGCAGGUAUCUUCUGGACCUUGCUUGCUGUCCCAGCUGUAUCUCUGCCUUACGAACAAAUGCGAAGCUUCAGCCUUUCUCCCAGCUCUCAUUGAUUAGGCAGCAAAGACAGGCUGUGGCUGAAUGACUGUCAUGCAUCAGACCUCCCAGACCAAAAAAAGAGAUAUUGCUCUCUUGAAUGUAUCACACCUUAUAUCAGUGUACAUGAUUAGCAUCACAGUGCAAUUGAUGGACUGGCCAUGCACACAAUAUGUUCUCUGUGCCACGUGUAGUAGCUGGACCUUUCUAAUAAGAGGCUGUGUCGCACUAACCGUGCAGUCAACACAGUCUAUAUCAUGGCUACCAGAAGGAGUCUUUUUGUACCUUGCCUGACCUCUCAAAGGCUGUGCCUAUUGAAUUCUGAUCUAAAUAACCACUUCAGCUGAGCGAUUCUUUUCCAUACCUUUAUCCAAUUAACUUGAAAUGAUUCCUCUUUCAUAUUGGACGCUGUGGAUGAAUGCAUGGUAUAUUUUUAUAUAACACAAGCAACGCUUCUACUUUAUGGCACAGUAUGGCAUUCCUUCCUUAAAAGCAUAUGUUCCUGCUUGAGUUGCGUUCUCUUCCUUCCAUCUAAUUCUGAGCAGUUGCAACAAAGGAUUUCAUAUUGUUCUUGAUCGCUGAGGUGAUAAGAAGGAAAUAAAGAGGGAGGUCGUUCCCUUUUUAGCUUACA